AUGAAUGUCAGGGUAUUUUAUAGUGUCAGUCAGCCAUCUCACAGUCCCCAAUCUCUUCCUUUCUACUGUGCUACCCUAGAAUCAAGGCUCCCAGCAACAAUGCCUCUGUUCAAACUUCCAGCUAAAGAAAAACAAAUUGAUGAUGUAACACGUAGCUUUGCUGAAAAAGUGUUUGCCUCUGAAGUCAAAGAUGAGGGGGGCCGGCAGGAGAUCUCCCCUUUUGACGUGGAUGAGAUGUGUCCAAUUUUUCACCAUGAGAUGCAAGAACAUAUAUUCCACCUGGAGACUCUGUCCACCUCCAUAGAAGGCAGGAGAAAAAAGCGUUUCUUCGGACGGAAGACUGUUAAUUUGUCUAUUCCACUAAGUGAAACAUCUUCCACCAAACUGUCCCACAUUGAUGAAUGCAUUUCAUCUCCAACCUACCAGACCGUGCCUGAUUUUCAGAGAGUGCAGAUCACUGGUGACUAUGCCUCUGGGGUUACAAUUGAAGAUUUUGAAAUGGUUUGCAAAGGUCUGUAUCGGGCACUAUGUAUACGGGAGAAAUACAUGAAGUUGUCGUUUCAGAGAUUCCCAAAAACCCCAUCCAAGUACUUGCGGAACAUUGACGGGGAGGCUUGGGUAACAAAUGAGAACUUCUAUCCAGUCUUUACUCCCCCUGUGAAGAAGGGAGAAGACCCUUUCCGAACAGAUGACCUUCCUGAAAACCUGGGCUAUCUCCUCAAAAUGAAAGAUGGUGUCAUUUACAUCUAUCCUAAUGAAGCAGCAGCCAGCAAAGACGAGCCUAAGCCACUUCCUUACCCAAAUUUGGACACCUUCUUGGAUGACAUGAAUUUUUUACUGGCUUUAAUUGCCCAAGGACCUGUUAAGACCUAUGCCCACCGGCGCCUGAAGUUCCUCUCCUCCAAGUUCCAGGUCCAUCAGAUGCUCAACGAGAUGGAUGAGUUAAAGGAGCUGAAAAACAACCCUCACCGAGAUUUUUAUAACUGCAGGAAGGUGGACACCCAUAUCCACGCAGCUGCUUGCAUGAACCAGAAACAUCUACUGCGUUUUAUUAAGAAAUCUUACCAAGUUGAUGCUGACAGAGUGGUAUAUAGCACCACAGAGAAGAAUUUGACCUUAAAGGAACUUUUUACUAAAUUAAAAAUGCAUCCCUAUGACCUGACUGUUGAUUCUCUGGAUGUUCAUGCUGGACGCCAGACCUUCCAGCGUUUUGAUAAAUUCAAUGACAAAUACAAUCCUGUAGGCGCGAGUGAGCUACGGGACCUCUACUUAAAGACAGACAAUUACAUUAAUGGGGAAUACUUUGCCACUAUCAUCAAGGAGGUAGGUGCAGACCUGGUGGAGGCCAAGUACCAGCACGCUGAGCCCCGCCUGUCCAUCUAUGGCCGCAGUCCUGAUGAGUGGAGCAAACUCGCCUCCUGGUUUGUCCGCAACCGCAUCCAUUGCCCCAACAUGACAUGGAUGAUCCAGGUCCCCAGAAUCUAUGAUGUGUUCCGAUCCAAGAAUUUCCUUCCACACUUCGGAAAGAUGCUAGAGAAUGUUUUCAUGCCAGUGUUUGAGGCCACCGUCAACCCCCAGGCUCAUCCUGACCUCAGUGUCUUCCUCAAGCAUAUCACUGGCUUUGACAGUGUGGAUGAUGAAUCCAAACACAGUGGCCACAUGUUCUCCUCCAAGAGUCCCAAACCUCAGGAGUGGACAAUGGAAAAGAAUCCAUCUUACACUUAUUAUGCCUACUACAUGUAUGCAAAUAUCACGGUGCUCAACAGCCUGAGAAAGGAACGAGGCAUGAAUACCUUUCUGUUCCGACCUCACUGUGGGGAAGCUGGAGCUCUCACUCAUCUCAUGACAGCAUUCAUGAUAGCAGAUAAUAUCUCUCAUGGCCUGAAUUUAAAAAAGACUCCUGUGUUACAGUACUUGUUUUUCUUAGCCCAGAUUCCCAUUGCCAUGUCACCAUUAAGUAACAACAGCCUAUUUCUAGAGUAUGCCAAAAAUCCUUUUUUAGAUUUUCUCCAGAAAGGACUAAUGAUCUCACUGUCUACAGAUGACCCGAUGCAAUUCCACUUCACCAAGGAGCCCCUGAUGGAAGAAUAUGCCAUCGCUGCGCAAGUCUUCAAGCUAAGCACCUGUGAUAUGUGUGAAGUAGCAAGAAACAGUGUUUUGCAGUGUGGAAUUUCUCAUGAGGAGAAAGCAAAGUUUCUGGGUGACCAUUACCUUGAAGAAGGCCCUGCUGGAAAUGAUAUCCGGAGGACAAAUGUAGCCCAAAUUCGCAUGGCCUAUCGCUAUGAAACCUGGUGUUAUGAACUCAAUUUAAUUGCUGAGGGUCUUAAAUCAACAGAAUAAAAUAAAUAAACCAAAUAA